AAAAGAUCGAGGGGGAGGCCCUAAGAAAUCUUGAGGAAAAGGAGCGAAAGCGUGACCCUAGAUCGGCUGGUUUCGGCGAUCGUCCCAGUGUACUUUUCCGGUGGCAAUGGCAAGCACCUCGGCAGCGCUGUCACAGCUCUCACCGCUGCAGAUAUCGUCGACGCAGGCGCAGGGCGGGGCGUUCGGCAGGGCGUCUCUGUACGUCGGGGACCUUGAUCUCGCCGUCAACGAGGGACAGCUGUACGAUCUCUUUAGCCAGAUCGCGCCGGUGACCUCCGUUAGGGUUUGCAGGGACCAAAUCCGCAAUGUCUCCCUCGGCUAUGCUUAUGUAAAUUUUCACAGUCUCCAGGACGCUACCCGUGCCCGGGAUGUCUUGAAUUUCACACCACUAAAUGGAAAACUCAUAAGGAUUAUGUUUUCUAAUAGAGAUCCCAGUAUCCGAAAAAAUGGAGUUGGUAAUGUAUUUAUUAAAAAUCUUGACAAAACAAUUGACAACAAGUCACUGCAUGAUAUUUUUGUCGCCUUUGGUACUGUUCUCUCUUGCAAAGUGGCUACUGGUAUCACUGGUCAAUCAAAAGGAUAUGGUUUUGUUCAGUUUGAAAAUGAAGAGUCUGCUGAGAGAGCUAUUAGCCGACUAAAUGGAAUGUUGAUUAAUGACAAACCUGUUCAUGUUGGUCACUUUGUUCGACGCCAAGAAAGACAUCAACCUGAAGGGCCUCCAAAAUUCACUAAUGUGUAUAUUAAAAAUUUGCCUGAACCUUACACUGAUGAGGACUUGAAAAGUUACUUUGGGGUAUGUGGCAACAUCACAAGUGGAGUUGUCAUGAAAGAUGUAAAUGGAAAGUCUAGGGGAUUUGGUUUUGUAAAUUUUGAGAUGCCGGAAGCUGCUGCUGCUGCAAUUGAGAAAUUUAAUGGAACAGCUUUGUUUGAUAAAGUUUUGUAUGUUGGGAAAGCUCAGAAAAAGUCUGAAAGGGAAGCUGAAUUAAGGGCCAAAUAUGAACAGGAGCGAAAUGGAAGAUUGGAAAAACUUCAGGGGCUUAGCUUAUAUUUGAAGAACCUUGAUGAUUCUAUAAAUGAUGAGAAACUAAGGGAACUGUUCUCCCCUUUUGGUACCGUAACUUCUUGCAGGGUUAUGCUUGAUACCCAUGGGCAAAGCAAGGGAUCUGGUUUUGUAGCCUUUUCUUCCUUGGAUGAAGCUAAUCGGGCUAUUAAUGGAUUGAAUGGGAAGAUGGUAGGAAAGAAACCAUUGUAUGUAGGUAUAUUUCAACGCAGGGAGGAAAGAAGGGCUAUGUUGCAGGCUCAUUUUGCUCGUCUCAAUUCUCCGGGAGCUCUGGCACCUGCCAUGCCCACCAUGCCUGGAUACCAUCCUGUUCCAUCCAGGCUUGCCCCUCAGCAACUCUAUUUUGGACAGGGUGUUUCCAGCCUCAUUCCUUCUCAGCCUGCAGGCUACGGAUACCAACCGCAACUUAUUCCAGGCAUUCGCCCAGGUGUUGUUCCAAACUACAUGAUGCCUUACAGUCCACAAAGGCAAGGGCAGCUUGGACAGAGAACAGGGUCUAGACGAGGAGGUGGGACACCACAGUUAAUGCAACAGCAACAACAAAUAAUUCAGCAGAAUGCUAAUCAAGGCUUUAGAUACAUGCAAAAUUCUCGAAAUGGGGUUGACCCGAUGAUGUCGCCUCAGGGUCUGAUGGGUUCGAUGAUGCCCAUGCCACUUGAUGCAAGUGGUAUUCAUAUCACUUCAGUGGACGCAGUACAUCCUUCUCCAAUUCCAAUUAUGACUCUUGCCUCUGCUUUAGCUUCUGAAUCUCCUGAGCGUCAAAGACUGAUGCUAGGAGAGCAACUAUACCCCCUUGUGGAACGAAUAGAACAGGAGCAAGCUGGCAAAGUGACCGGGAUGCUGCUUGAGAUGGAUCAAACUGAGGUGCUACAUCUUAUUGAAUCUCCAGAUGCACUUAAGAAAAAGGUGGUGGAAGCCAUGGAAGUCUUACGCUUAGCGCAUGCUACUGGUCCAAAUGCUCUUGAUCAAAUCGACUAGGUAACCUAAAUUAACAUUUAUUUCACCAUAAUUGUGUGAUUGAGAUAUUUCAUACCGUUCUUGGCUCCACAUUUGAACCUGGAUUGUCAUUUUUCCGUUUUUGGGAUAUUUGGCAUGAUCGAGGAAAGAGAGUUUAUGUACCUAACGGAUAUUUUUCUGGAUUUUUUACUUUUGGACAAAAGUGGCCUACAGGGUUUUAGGUU